GUGGAAGAUGGGGAACUAUCGUCGUACUCUGCGAGCAGCAGGCUGUCCCGAAGUAAAGAUAAAUUCUUUAAAAUACAAACAUGGUGAAAAUACAAAUACCAAGAAAGUCAAAAAGCCCAGGAAGGCUGAAGUCAAUUUCUAUCCUGAUUAUCCAGCUGGAGAGAGCAAACGAAGCCUAGAAGAAGAACGUUUAGCAUUGCUGUCUGAGGUUCAGAAAAAUGACAACUAUCAAAUUAUUAAACAAAAAAUGGAAAGAACAUUUGCCUACAGACAACAUAAAGUUAUUGAAGAUGUGCCCUUCAUUGUUGACUUCCAAAGCAGAUGGCCUGCUCUGUUUUGUGAAUAUGAGAUUGCUGCUGAGUUCACUCGAAUCAACACCAUCCCACUAAUUCAAACAUUUAUGUCAAAACUGGAUUGUUACACAAGCAAGCUGACCAGCAUCUACCGAAGAAAAGGAGGAGUUGCAGGACGUAAAAUUAGCAAAUUAAUGGCUGCCAUUGACCAGAAUGAUACCAUCUCAACUCGGAGAGCGUGCAUUGUCAGAGCACUUUCUGUGUAUCUAAAUGAAGACUAUGAAAACCUCAUGAAGGAGUAUGCAGACGCAGACUCUGAGAAUGCAGAAAGAGACAUGGCCAACACAGUCAUUGGAAUUUACAUCAUCAGACCUGAAGAUGCAGAAGUCUGUGACCUACCAUCGGAUGUUGGACUCAUUGUUGAGGGAGUGAAAGUCCUUCAAAAUCUUGCCGAUGUCACCAAGGCUUGUGCUCUUCUUUUGGGAGUCAUAUACAGCUUGAAUCUCAGCUAUCCACCAGACCUGAAGUACACUUUGAGUUCUUUCAAAAAUUGUUACUAG